AUGUCGUUACAAGAUGACGACCCACUUGGGCCACCGACGAAUACCCAGAACCUCGACUUGUCGAAGUUGUCACCCCAAGAGCUUCGUAUAUACAAGAUGUAUGGUAAAUUACCAACCACACAGCAAAUAUUGUCAUCCAAGUUUCAAGAUAAAAAAUACUUCGAUAGCGGUGACUAUGCUAUGCAAAAGCAACUUGGAAAGGAUGCACAGAAGACAAAUGUACCGUCUAGUAUACCACUUAGACACCCAAAUGCCGAAAGAGUGAAAGAAAUGUACAACAGAAAUUCAAUCAGCGGUAGCAAUGCAGGAAUACUUCACAAUGGAAAACUGAAUUUAUUGAAUGAAUCGACUCCUGCUGGAGAAGAGGAUGCGAAGUGA